UAGAAAUUGAAUCGAGUCAAGUUCAUGAUGAGAACAUUCUUCACUAGAAACUUAUCUAACUCACUUUCAUAGUUGCGUACUGUACUCUCCCGUCGGCAAGUGAGUUGCCUUUCAUCUUUGUGGAGUGAAGCGAGCAACACUUGAGGGUGCACUUCAGGCUUCAAACGCAUGUUCUAUUGUACGUAAAUUAAACACUUGAGUGGUUAUUGAUUAUCACCGGUACUUGGAUAAGAUUAUCAAUCGUACUUGGAGUGUUCCCUGCCAAACACUUCAGAAACAAUACACCGCAAGUGUGAAUAGUAGUGACUUUCUUGCCCUUCCCAUCAUUCGUUGCCUGAUAAUCGAAGAUGCAGCUGUCGGACAUUUCAGACAAAUUCACAAACGUAACCUUAGAUGAAAUUAUCCAGAAAGCAGGAGGCACUAAGUGCACGGGAUGGUCAUUUGGGUCCGGCUUCAAGAAAGGAGAUUUCUACCUAAGCGAAGUGUUUCGCUUGAAAGUGGAAGGAGAAGAUGCCAAUGGCCAACCAUUAAAUGUUAAUCUAGUAGUCAAAGCUUUACCUAAAAAAGCUGCCAGGAGAAAAUUAUUCCGUUCCGAUAUUUUCUUCAGAAAUGAAAUAAAUUUUUAUAAAAAAGUUCUUCCGGCUUUCGAGAAGUUUCAGAAAGGAACAAAGGCGAAAAAUCCAUUCAACGAGUACCCUCAGUAUUAUGCCUCCCACUGCGACGGAGUGAAUGAUUUUCUUGCUUUGAGAGACAUCAGUGAAUUAGGCUAUGGCGCUGCAUCAAGGCAAGAAACAAUUGACUAUGAGCAUUGCGUUGCGAUUAUGAAAUCACUUGGAAGGUUUCAUGCUGUUUCGAUAGCGUUCAAGGAUCAGCAACCGGAUGAAUUUGCCAAGGUGGCUCAAUCCAUCGAGGAGACAUAUUACAAUGAUAAAUUCCGUGCCUGGUAUACACCAUUCCUCAAAGACGCUAUAAAAGUGGCCGAACAUGCAGUUUCAACCGAAUUCCCAGGGACUGUAUAUGAAGAAAAGUCUAAAAAGUUUCUGCAUGAUGAUGUGUUUCAAGUACAAAUCAAUUUAGUAGAAAGGAAAAAUAAAUACUCGGUCAUUCAACACGGUGAUUGCUGGAUGCCGAAUUUCCUUUUCCGGUACAACGAAAAUAAAGUUCCGGAGCAUGUGAAAAUUAUCGACUUUCAACUAGCACGAUACGCUUCACCUGCUGUCGAUUUAUCGUUCUUCACGUACUCCUGCACGGAUAAUAAAAUGCGCACUCAGUAUUAUGACUCUAUGUUGAAGAUUUAUCAUGAAGCAGCUGCAGACCUAAUUAAAGAUCUUGGUUCAGAUCCUGAUAAAGUUUUUCCGUAUGAAGGAUUUCUGAAUGAAAUGAAAGAGGUUGGCAAAUUCGGUUGUGGAAUGGGAAUUGAAUCACUACCACUGUCCAUGCAAGAAGAACAUGAAGUCCUCGAUAUAGAUGAAAUUGCAACUGAUCAAUCAAUUCUAACGGAUGUGUGGCAAAUUGCCCCAUUAGAGGACAAGAACAGUCGCCUGCGUUUAGCGGAAGCAUUCAAGCAUGCAAUCGAUAUGGGAUACAUUGAAUAAUGAAAGAAAAUUUAAUUUUACUCUAAUCAGAUACAAUUUAAACUUUGCGCAACAAAAACAAUUUGACUUCAUAUCUAU